AUGGCACGAAUUGAAGCCGUGAAUUGGAAAACCAGACAGCCACAGGUGUUUACACCGAAGUUGAACGAAGACAACAAGCUGGAGUUUGAUCUUCGAUAUGCGAGUUUUUCUCGAUUUCCCGAGGAAAUUUGUGAAAUGAGGAAACUGAAGGUAUUGAGACUUUGUAUAGACAUUAUACACUCUAUACCCAAAACUAUUGCCAAACUGAGGGAACUGGAAGAGAUUUAUUUGGUUACAAGUGAUUACGUGAGGGGUAUUAUUCAUAUUUCACCUAUACCACGAGGUUUCGGUCUGCAGGAGGUCCCUACUGUUGUUUGUGAUCUUCCAUGUCUUAAGGUUUUGUCUGUGUGUUGUAACUCUGCAUUCCCAUUGCUGUUUGAUGAGCUAAUGUCAUGUCAACUGCCCAGUACUCUUGUGGAAGUGCAAAUGGUGGGAUGUGGUUUGACACAAGCGGCUUUGUCUGUGAUCUGCAACAAUGUGAAACUGCGGAGAUUGGAUUUAUCAUACAACGAUCUGCAGUCUUUUGAAUGUAACAACACAGGGACGAUAGGAGGGUUAACAGUCUUGAAUGAUUUAGAAAAGCUGGAUUUGUCAGGCAACAGAAAUGUCCACACAUUUACAUUAGCAGGUCUCACCAAGUUGAAAGAGUUGAGUUUGGGUUACUGUAACAUACAGCAGCUACCAUCAGGAAUGAGUGACCUCCAUCAUUUAGAGAAGCUGGAUUUGGAAGGAAACAAACUAGGAGUAUUUCCCACAUUUUCAUGUUUGCAGUGGAAGCAUUUACAAAGAUUGAUUUUACGUAACUGUGAUUUAGAAAAGAUACAUUUAUUAAUUAAGUCUGUUUUGUUUGAGCUUAUCUGUUUGUAUUAUAAUUUGUAUAACAUUUGUUGCUAUUUAUUUGUAGAAGUCAAAAUUGAGCAAGUUUGGUUGCAAGGAACUUCUGUCACUUAUCUUCCUAGGAAAUUUGUUUUUAGCCCUAAACUUAAGGAAUUGGAAGUAGAUUAUUGUCCACUAGUGUCUCCACCCAUUGAAGUGUGUAAACGAGGCAUCAGUUCUAUAAGAAAAUAUUUGGAUGAGCUGGAAAGCGAGGGUGGAGUACGACGUGGCAGAAUAAAGAUUCUAGUGAUGGGAAUUACAAAGGCAGGAAAAACAAGCCUCGUUGAAGCACUGGAGAGUGGUAACCCAUUUCUGGCAGAACCCGAUGAGAGAACUGUAGGUGUGGAAGAAACAACCAUGAAGCUGGAUGAUAAAAUAGAAUGCAAAUUACUUGACUGCGGUGGGCAUAAAGCAUACAUGCUCACCAACCAGCUGAUGGUAAGCGACAAUUCAUUGGCACUGAUUGUCGUUGACGGCAGUUUGUACCAGUUUACUGCGCAAUGUUUUCAUUACAAUAUUGGAGAUUUCCUGCAAACUUUGUACGAGAGAAACAGCAGAGCUCACGUUGCUGUUGUGGUCAGUAAAGUCGAUCUGAUGGUCGACAUGUCAAGAGAAGAAAUGAGUAGAAAGUGGAAUGAACAUCUACACACUCGUCUACGUCAAUUCCUGGAAAUCAGACAAGUUCAGAUCAAAAGAAUGGCAGCAACCAUUGCAGCCGGUGAUUCUCAUGAAAACAAAUACGUGUCGGAACGUCUUCAGUUUUUUGAAUCCCAACGAAUAACUGUUGAAGAAAAGGUCAUACUGACGAGUGCAGCCACACACGAAGGAGUGGUCAGUCUAAAGGAUCGUUUGAGACAAUUGUGUGUAGAUGAACGUUUACUGCCUUCACUGCACACAGAGUUGCCAUCAUCAUGGGUGACUGUAGAAGACAAGUUGGUUAUACCACAACCUGACACGUCUGUCCCCAUUACAGAUGUCUCUUAUGCAAUGCAAGUGUGUGCAGAGCACGGCCUGACAGAAGAAAGGUGUCUUGAGUUACUAAUCUACCUGAACCGGGUUGGAAGCAUUCUGUAUUACUCGUAUCAAAAGACUUUAUCACAAGUUCUAUUUCCUGUUUCACCAUUUGUGGUCAAUGUACUGAAGGCUGUUUUCAGACACGAUCAUCAUCUUUUAGAAUAUGACAGUCGCUUUAUUGGAGCAGACAUAGAUCCCAACCAAUUUGCAGAAUUGAGGUCUGACCUUGUUUGUAACGGCAUUGCGAGGGUGUCUAUGCUGCUAGCGUUGUGGAGUGAGUUCCACCUUACUGCAGAUGGUCAUGUAGACGUGUUUAUUAAGCUUUUUCUUGCUCUUGACCUUGCUUAUCUGACUGGCUCAUCAGAUGUUGUAGUUCAGGAACUGUCAGACACUCUUGGUAGACACGAGAUUACAUCAACUGUGUCAAUGUCUACAGACACCAUCAGCACGACAUCGGAAUCAUCUAACCAAGCAAAUCAGAUGGACAGUUGCAAAGAACUGAUUUGCAAGCUAAAACAACAUAAUGUUGGCUUGUUGUUGCCAUGGUUACUGAAUGACAAGGAACCGAAUGAUGUGAGUCAACUUUGGUGUGCAGAUGUAGCAGAUGGAGUGAUGCAAGUUGUGGUCGAAUAUUCAUUUGCAUAUAAUUGUCCUUUGGGUCUAUUUGAGCGACUGUCUGCUCGUUGUCAUCAUCAUCAUCCUAAUUAUAUUCGUCACUGGAGCAGUGGACUGCUGAUGUGUUAUGGUGCGGUGACUUUGCUGUUUAGUUGCAGCAAGAACACUUCACCUGGCUUUCUACGUCUCAGUGCUAGAGUAGUCAAGUCACAUCACACUGUUGGCAGAUUGUGGCAUGUUCUUCUGCGUUGUGUGUCAGAUGUGGAGGAUCUUCUCCAGUCUGUUCCUGGUGUUCUUUUUGGUCGAUCCAUCUGCAGUGAGAGUUCGUCGACCACAAGUAUAAGUUCUCUUCCCAGUCAACGUAAGCAUAUUGUGCCUAAUGAAAGAUGGGGACCAUUUGCAGUAGAAACUGUACAGGGAAAGUACAGUCCAGAGAUGAACAAGCAUGUAUCAGCUAUAGUACAAGUGUGUCCAAGUGUAAAUGAAGGUAUUCCUCUCUGUGAUGUUGUUUCACCAGAAUGUGGAACUUUAGUGGACCAAAUGGAUGUCCAAGAGAUAGCAGCAGAUAUAGAAAUGGGGUGGCCUAAACUAGCAAUUAUUAUUGGUACUGACCAGUCUACAGUAUUGGAGCUGCGAGAAAACUAUUCUGAUCCUACUUUUGCCCCAGUAGCAGCAUCUCGUAUAUUAAGUGAGUGGCAAAAAUCAAGAAACAAUCGAUUAGAGGUAUGUGAAUUGUAUGAUGCUCUACUGGUUGCUGACAUUCCAUCUUUACCACAACGGCAUUUGAGUGAUGUCAUGUCACCCGAUGCAGCAUCUGGAUUAGCAAAAUCUAAAGAGACAGCUGCACGUGGUGAGACAAGUCGAGCUGACUCUGAGAUGGUCACUCCACUCAUCAUAGAGAAAGUAGCCGAAAAUGGUUCAGAGUGUUGGCAUGAAAUUGGUAUAUACCUUGGAGUUUCACAAGCACUGCUGACUGAAUGUCAACGACCACAGUACACGCUGAAAGAAAAACUGAAUUUAGUUUUGUCAGCUUGGACAAAUCAUAACAGAGAAGCUACAGUUGGUCAGUUGUUGUCUGCUUGUGAUAAAGCUGGAGUAGGUGGAAUAGUGAUGAGAGUAUUGGAGCUUGAUAGACCACACUGACUUAAUUUUAUUUUAUUUUAUUUAUUAUAUAAGUA